ACUUCAAUAAUUAUCCGUAAAACUGAACCCUACACGAACUAAAAAGUAGGACAUCUUAAUCGUUAGGAUGCCAAUUCCUUUCAAUUUGUCACAAAGGAUCUUGUUACUAUUUCUCACACUAUUAUCAGGGACAAAAUGGUCCGAAUCAGCUCGAGUAUUCACGAUCGUGAACUCAUGUAACCAAAUAAUCUGGCCGGCGAUAACUCCCGGAGAAAACUUCAACGGCGGAGGAUUCGAGCUCAAACCGGGACAAUCCAUCGUAUUCAACGCACCAGUAGGCUGGUCAGGUCGAAUAUGGGGACGAACCGGUUGUAAUUUCGACAAAACCGGAACCGGAACCUGCGAAACCGGUUCAUGCGGCUCAACUCUAAAAUGCUCCGCCUCGGGAAAACCACCAGCUUCACUCGCGGAAUUCACACUAGCCGCGGUGGAUUUCUACGACGUGAGUCUCGUCGACGGAUUUAAUCUCCCGAUGUCGGUGACUCCGAUGAACGGAAAAGGAAAUUGUAGUGUCGCCGGCUGCGUCGCCGACCUGAGGCCGCAAUGUCCGAAGGAGCUCGCCGUGAAAUCAAACGGCAAAGUGAUAUCGUGUAGGAGUGCUUGUGAUGUGUUCGAUAGAGAUGAAUAUUGUUGCAGAGGAGUUUAUGGGAAUCCUGUGGUGUGUCAACCAACUUUUUACUCGAAGAUCUUCAAGCAAGCUUGUCCUACUGCUUAUAGUUAUGCUUAUGAUGAUCCGACCAGUAUCUUCACUUGUUCCGGCACUGAUUACGUCAUCUCUUUCUGUUCCUCCAGGAAGAAGCCGGUGUGCACGUACCACGAUAACAAGUUGGUAUGCAGCGAUGGUACCGGCUCUGGUGGAUUUAGGAUGAUUAUUGGAAGAUUGUGGCUUUUAUUGACGUUGUCUCUUGUUGUUUUUAGCUAAUGUUAGCUAUCUAAUUUCGUGACUACGUUUAUAGAUAAACAAGUUUUUUUUACUGUUUUUUUUUUCUCGCGGAAAAGUUCUCAUUUGCUUGCUAAUGUUAUAAGUUUUCGUGUGUUAGUAAAGUUAAUUUCAAAGUAAAUUUAAG